CGCGGCUGCAGAGCUGCAGAGCGGGGUCUCUCCGGCCUCUGUGUCUGGGCAUCGGGCCCCCCACUGGGCCAGAGGACAGCGCAUCCUUUCGGUGCAGGCCGGCAGGGCCCCUGCGGUCGGCAAGCUGGCUCCCCGGGUGGCCACCGGGACCCCCGAGCCCAAUGGCGGGGGCGGCAGCAAAAUCGACAGCACUGUAGAGAUCACCCCCAGCCCCAACGGACAGGUCGGGACCCUCGGAGAUGCGGUGCCCACGGAGCAGCUGCAGGGUGAGCGGGAGCGCGAGCGCGAGCGGGAGGGGGAGGGCGACGCGGGCGGCGACGGAAUGGGCAGCAGCCUGUCGCUGGCCGUGCCCCCCGGCCCCCUCAGCUUUGAAGCGCUGCUCGCCCAGGUGGGGGCGCUGGGCGGCGGCCAGCAGCUGCAGCUCGGCCUCUGCUGCCUGCCCGUGCUCUUCGUGGCGCUGGGCAUGGCCUCGGACCCCAUCUUCACCCUUGCGCCCCCACUGCAUUGCCACUAUGGGGGCUUUGCCCCCAACGCGUCUGGCUGGGAGCAGCCCCCCAACGCCAGCGGCGUCAGCGUCGCCAGCGCGGCCCUAGCAGCCAGCGCCGCCAGCCGCGUCGCCACCAGUACGGACCCGUCGUGCAGCGGCUUCGCCCCGCCGGACUUCAACCAUUGUCUCAAGGACUGGGACUAUAAUGGGUUGCCGGUACUCACCACCAACGCCAUCGGCCAGUGGGAUCUAGUGUGUGACCUGGGCUGGCAGGUGAUCCUGGAGCAGAUCCUCUUCAUCCUGGGCUUUGCCUCUGGCUACCUGUUCCUGGGCUACCCGGCGGACAGGUUCGGCCGUCGAGGGAUUGUGCUGCUGACCUUGGGGCUGGUGGGCCCCUGUGGAGUGGGAGGGGCUGCUGCAGGCUCCUCCACAGGUGUCAUGGCCCUCCGUUUCCUCCUGGGCUUUCUACUUGCUGGAGUUGACCUUGGUGUCUACCUGAUGCGCCUGGAGCUGUGCGACCCAACCCAGAGGCUUCGGGUGGCCCUGGCAGGGGAGUUGGUGGGGGUGGGGGGGCACUUCCUGUUCCUGGGCCUGGCCCUUGUCUCUAAGGACUGGCGAUUUCUGCAGCGAAUGAUCACCGCUCCCUGCAUCCUCUUCCUGUUUUAUGGCUGGCCUGGUCUGUUUCUGGAGUCUGCAAGAUGGCUAAUAGUGAAGCGACAGAUUGAAGAGGCCCAAUCCGUGCUGAGGAUCCUGGCUGAGCGGAACCGGCCCCACGGGCAGAUGCUGGGAGAAGAGGCCCAGGAGGCCCUGCAGGACCUGGAGAACACCUGCCCUCUCCCUGCAACAUCCUCCUUUUCCUUCGCUUCCCUCCUCAACUACCGCAACAUCUGGAAAAAUCUGCUUAUCCUGGGCUUCACCAACUUUAUUGCCCACGCCAUUCGCCACUGCUACCAGCCUGUGGGAGGAGGAGGGAGCCCAUCGGACUUCUACCUGUGCUCCCUGCUAGCCAGCGGCACAGCAGCCCUGGCCUGUGUCUUCCUGGGGGUCACCGUGGACCGAUUUGGCCGCCGGGGCAUCCUGCUACUCUCGAUGACCCUCACUGGCAUUGCGUCCUUGGUCCUGCUGGGCCUGUGGGACUAUCUGAACGAGGCUGCCAUCACUACCUUCUCUGUCCUUGGCCUCUUCUCCUCCCAAGCUGCUGGCAUCCUCAGCACCCUCCUUGCUGCUGAAGUCAUCCCUACCACUGUCCGGGGCCGAGGCCUGGGCCUGAUCAUGGCACUGGGGGCUCUUGGAGGGCUGAGUGGCCCAGCUCAGCGCCUCCACAUGGGCCAUGGAGCUUUCCUGCAGCACGUGGUACUGGCGGCCUGUGCCCUCCUCUGCAUCCUCAGCAUCAUGCUUCUGCCGGAGACCAAGCGCAAGCUCCUGCCCGAGGUGCUCCGGGAUGGGGAGCUGUGUCGCCGGCCCUCCCUGCUGCGGCAGCCACCCCCUAACCGCUGUGACCAUGUCCCACUGCUCGCCACCCCCAACCCUGCCCUCUGAGUGGCCUCUGAGCACCCUGGCAGGAGGCUGGCUUGUACUGAAAGGUGGCGUAAGGCCCUGGCAAGCAGGUUGGGAGCACUGAGUGAGGAAGGCAGGGCUGCCCAGAAGGCUCAGAGGCACCUCACGCCAGCCAUCAAGGAGGGCUCAGAGGGCUGUCCCCACCCCCAUCUCCUCCCUGCUGCUUUGUGUUCACUUCCUUGGCAAGAGUCAGGGGACAGGGAGUGAGCUCCACAGUGUUAACCACUAGGUCUGGGCUCCAUCCUGUGCCCAAAGACAUCCUCCCAGACCUCAUUCUUGCUCUAUCAUUCUGUUUCAAUAAAGACAUUUUGAAUAAAUGCGCA